CCCCGCCCCUCGCCCGCUCCCGCCGCCUCUCGCGAGGCCGCCCCCCCUCCCUGCCCGCGCGUCACCGGCGGAGCGGACGGGGACAACAUGGCGGAGCGGCGGCGGCACAGGAAGCGCGUCCAGGAAGUUGGGGAGCCAUUCAAGGAGGAGAAGGCUGUUGCUAAAUACUUGCGCUUCAACUGUCCAACAAAAUCCACCAACAUGAUGGGUCACCGAGUUGAUUAUUUUAUUGCCUCAAAAGCUGUGGAUUGCCUCCUGGAUUCUAAAUGGGCAAAGGCAAAGAAAGGAGAAGAGGCUCUAUUUACAACCCGAGAGUCUGUAGUUGAUUACUGCAACAGACUCCUGAAAAAACAGUUCUUUCAUCGAGCAUUGAAAGUGAUGAAAAUGAAGCCUGACAAGGAUACAAAGAAAGAAAAGGAAAAAGGAAAGGCUGAGAGCGGGAAGGAAGAGGAGAAAAAGAGCAAGAAGGAAAGUGGCAAAGAUGAAAAAACCAAGAAGGAGAAAGAAAAGGAAAAGAAAAAGGAUGGUGAAAAAGAGGAGUGCAAAAAGGAUGAGACUCCAGGAACACCCAAGAAAAAGGAAACUAAGAGGAAAUUUAAACUUGAGCCACAUGAAGACCAAGUUUUCUUGGAUGGAAAUGAGGUGUAUGUGUGGAUCUAUGACCCUGUUCACUUUAAAACUUUUGCCAUGGGACUUGUACUUGUGAUUGCUGUGAUAGCCGCCACGCUGUUCCCGCUCUGGCCCGCCGAGAUGCGCGUCGGUGUUUAUUACCUCAGCGUGGGCGCGGGCUGCUUUGUCGCCAGUAUUCUGCUCCUUGCCGUCGCUCGCUGCAUCCUUUUCCUGAUCAUCUGGCUCAUCACUGGAGGAAGGCAUCACUUCUGGUUCCUGCCAAACCUGACAGCAGACGUGGGAUUCAUUGACUCCUUCAGGCCCCUGUACACACACGAAUACAAAGGACCAAAAGCAGACUCAAAGAAAGAGGAAAAAUCAGAAUCCAAAAAGCAGCAAAAAUACGACAGCGAGGAGAAAUCAGAUAGUGAGAAGAAGGAAGAGGAGGAUGGGAAAACAGAAGGCACGAGGAACUCGGGAACGGAGGGCUCAGGAGGGGAGCGACACUCAGACACUGACAGUGACAGGCGCGAAGACGACAGGUCCCAGCACAGUAGUGGCAAUGGAAACGACUUUGAAAUGAUCACAAAAGAGGAACUGGAACAGCAAACAGAUGAAGGGGAUUGUGAGGAGGAAGAGGAGGAAGAUACUGAAAGUAGGCCUUCACAUGGAAAAUCAUAACUCACUGCGGUUUGGGACUAAGUAUGUGCAAAUGGUUGGAUUUUCUUUGUUGGCUGAUCACCAAAACAUAGACCAUACAGUAGCAUCUUCGUUUGCUGAAAUAUACGUGUUACCAAACAGUUUUAUAUCUAGUUCCUUCAUUUUUUUUUUUAACCAUUAACUUGAUUACUUGGUACUAUGUUAAUCAUUAAUAUCCAUUUACAGAAGUUUUAUCAAUCUGACAAGUUUUUUAUUGAUUGAUAGAUUGCCCAGAUUGUCCUCAAACAUACUGAAAAACAUCGUUUUCUGGUACUUGCAUAACUGGUCAAUUAGUUUAGCUUCUCAAACUUGCUUUUGUAAACCAGGUAAAAGUUGAAUGACCAAAUCUCAGAUUAUUCCUAGUUAUACUCAUUUGAUAGUUAGGUAAAGCCCUUCUUAGCCCACAGCUUUCUUGAUAUUUUUCUUGAUUUUGUUUUCGAAAGAUUGUGAGAACUUUCCUAAGAAAACUAGUUUUAGCAGAAGUAUUUUGCUGACAAUAGAGGAGCUGGUAGUGCUGAAUUUGGCUGCAGUGUCUCUGUUUCUCCAGCCCAUGUGCCAGCAACCGAGGAAAUCCAAACUGGUUUUGUACAUCCGGUGCAGAGAGAGAUGUCAUCUCCUGCAGGGGAAGGAAGCAGCACAGUUUGGAAAUAAUGGCUGUUUUCUUUCUCCUGCUCCAUCAUAAUUAAGAAAAAAAAAAUGUAUUCUGUACAUAAUUUACAAAUAAAGCAAACCAUUUACUUUAACUGCUACUUAUUAUUUAGAGAUUUGAUCCAGCAUUCAGUUUGUAUUCUUGAAGCCAUUUUGUGGUGUAUCUAUGGGAGAAAUGCAAGUCAAGAGGACCUCACAGAAUAUUUGUGUAUGAUUGGUAGCUGUUCCACAAGAGCUUUAGUUUUGUGCCAACAUUCCAUGUAUUUGAGUAAAUUGAUCUUUAUUAAAUGAAAGCAAACACCAGAGCUGUAUGGAUGCCUUAAUGUUAAACCUCUCUGUACUCUGGAACUGGAGUAGUUUUAAGCUGAAGAGGCAGGAGAGUGUUGUUCUGCUCCAAAAGCUGGGUGACUCAGAGCUGAUAUGAAGUGACCAUUAAUGAUUUGUUUAUAAAUCCAUUUGGAGCAGCUGGUGGGGUUUCUCCUGUGCAUCCCUCCCUGCUGCCUGUGUGGAGGAUGGACUGCAGGAUCUGCCUAAAGCAUGGAAGAAGUUAAGACUCGGCGUCUUUCCUCUCGAUGACUUGAACUGUAGACUGAUUGUCUCCCCAGCCCACUCAGAGAAGAUGAGGGUAAGCUUGACAUUUUCAUAUCAGACUUAAAGAACUUUUUUCCCUUAUCCUAAAUUGCUUCCCAUCCUUCCAGCGUCGGCAUUCUGGAUGAAGAUACUAAUUUUUCAGGUUGUGCAAAUAUCUACAUCAUCAUGAGUGCAUUGAUAAACAAUUCAUGGAUAUGGUGUAUUUGCUUCUUAAAUCUCCUGAAUAAUUACUCCAUAAGGAAGCAGAUAAAUUGGAUCACUUUUUUAUUAAUAUAGCAAAAAAUUAAAGGACCCAUUAACUAAA